CGUAUUUAGACACGUUAUGCGUGUAUCCUUUGGACUUUAUUUUUGAAUUUCUUCCUCUCCUAUAGAGGAAUUUUUUCUAUUUGUUACUCUUAACCAGUCUUUGGCCGGAAUAUAUCAAUCUUAUUAGAUCGGAUGUGGCCAUAAAAGCAAAGGAAGAAGAAUAUUAAAUAUUCAUAAGAAUGUAUUGGCGUAUUAUCAGUUCACAAUGCGCUAGGGGUGAUGGAGACAGUGGGCAAGCAAGUUCAGGUAGUGAGCGGACUGGGGGGUCCGGUGGGCCCUGUGGGCCCAGUUGGGGGAGAUUUGCAUCAUCAUCAUCACCCUCACCCGCACGCCCAUCCUCCGCACCCGCAUCCCCACCCCCACGGUCAUCCCCAUGGAUCCCACGGCCACUCGCUCGUCGGCGCGACGUCGAACCCCGGUAGGGGUCAAGCCCAACCACCCGUCUCGCAUAAUCAGCACUUACCUGCGAGGUCCACUCCUGUACAGCUGCAUAGACCAACGCAGAGCUAUGUCAACAUCAAGAGCAGCAGCCCAGUGUCUCCGAGGACGGUAGGAACGGGAGCGACGUACGUGCAGGGUGGCGCUGCCGCGUCUUCCGCGACGGCCGCAGCCGCGGCCCGGCAGGUGGCAACAGCGUGA